GUGCUCGACCGGCAAGAGGGGCCCGCACGGCUGCAAAGGGGCGUGCAGUGCGCAGAAGAGCUGGAGAUGAGGCCGGAGAGCAGGCGCGGGUCGGCUUGGCCUCGCGGGCUGAACCCGCGCCCUAGCGAGGCCUUUCCUGCGUGCCGCAUCCAACAUGGCGGCCACAUGGAACCCGCCCGCGGGCGAGCGGAAGUGCGUAUCGGCGGGCGCCGGAAGUGGCAGAUGGACCCGCCCCCUGCUCGGGUCUCUGUGGAGCCGCGGACGCGCCGGCUUUGAGCAUCCCUGGCCAGCCAGGCGGGAGGCCCUGGAGCUCUGGCUCUGGAGGCAGCGGCUCGGCCCGCCCUCGACAUGGCCAGCUCUGGAGAGGACACGUGCGAUGACAGCGACGCGCCCCCCGCGGCGGCCCCGGUGGCAGCCAGCGCCCACCUGCUGGGCUUCUCCGACGAGAUCCUCCUGCACAUCCUGAGUCACGUACCCAGCACGGACCUGGUGCUGAAUGUCCGGCGCACCUGCCGGAAGCUCGCGGCGCUGUGCCUGGACAAGAGCCUCACCCACACGGUGCUGCUGCAGAAGGACUAUGAGGCCAGCGAGGACAAGGUGAAGCAGCUGGUGAAGGAGAUCGGCCGGGACAUGCAGCAGCUCAGCAUGGCCGGCUGCUACUGGCUGUCGGGCGCCACGGUGGAGCACGUGGCCCGCUGCCGCGGGCUGGUGCGCGUCAACCUGUCGGGCUGCCCGCUGACCUCCCUGCGCCUCUCCAAGGUGCUGUCGGCCCUGCCGCACCUGCGCUCCCUGGCCAUCGACGUGAGCCCCGGCUUCGACGCCAGCCAGCUGAGCGGCGAGUGCAAGGCCACGCUGAGCCGCGUGCGGGAGCUCAAGCAGACGCUGUACACGCCCUCCUACGGCGUGGUGCCCUGCUGCACCAGCCUCGAGAAGCUGCUGCUCUACUUCGAGAUCCUGGACCGCACGCGGGAGGGCGCUGUGCUCUCGGGCCAGCUCAUGGUGGGCCAGAGCAACGUGCCGCACUACCAGCACCUGCGCGUCUUCUACGCCCGCCUGGCCCCCGGCCACAUCAACCAGGAGGUGGUGCGCCUCUACCUGGCCGUGCUCAGCGACCGCACGCCCGAGAACCUGCACGCCUUCCUCAUCUCCGUGCCCGGCAGCUUCGCCGAGAGCGGGGCCACCCGGAACCUGCUGGAGUCCAUGGCCCGCAACGUGGCGCUGGACGCCCUGCAGCUGCCCAAGUCCUGGCUCAACGGCUCGGCCCUGCUGCAGCACAUGAAGUUCAGCAGCCCCUUCUACUUCAGCUUCAGCCGCUGCGCCCUGUCCGGCGGCCAUCUCCUGCAGCGCGUCAUCGACGGCGGCAGGGACCUCCGGAGCCUGGCCGGCCUGAACCUCAGCGGCUGCGCGCACUGCCUGGCACCUGACUGCCUGCUCCGCAAGGCGGAGGACGACAUCGACCCCGCCAUCCUGGAGGCGCUGGUGGCGGCCUGCCCCAACCUGCGGCACCUCAACCUGUCGGCCGCCCACCACCACAGCCCCGAGGGCCCGGGCCAGCACCUGUGCCAGCUGCUGGCCCGGCUGCCCCGCCUGCGCUCCCUGUCGCUGCCCGUCUGCGCCGUGGCCGACUCCCCGCCGCGGGCCGACCGUGCGCCCGUCCCGCCCGCCAUGCGUGCGGUGCCCCGGGGCUUCGGCAAGAAGGUCCGCAUCGGCGUGCCGUCUGUCUCCUUCCCCGGGCCGGCAGGCCCCCAGCCGUCCUCGGUAUUCUGGUCGCUGCUGAAGAACGUGCCCUUCCUGGACCGCCUCGAGCUGAUCGGCUCCAACUUCUCAUCUGCCAUGCCGCGCAAUGAGCCCGCCAUCCGCAACUCCCUGCCGCCCUGCAGCCGGGCGCAGAACGUCGGGGACGCGGAGGUGGCCGCCAUCAGCCAGCUGGCCUUCCUGAGGCACCUGACGCUGGCCCAGCUGCCCAGCAUCCUGACGGGCUCGGGGCUGGUGAGCAUCGGCCUGCAGUGCCAGCAGCUGCAGUCGCUCUCGCUCGCCCACCUGGGCCUGAUGGGCAACGUGGUCUACAUGUCUGGCCUCUCAGACAUGCUGAAGCACUGCAAGCGGCUGAAGGACCUCAGAGCCUCACGGAGCGAGCUGUGGAGGGCGGAAGGGCGAGGGACCACGGGGGAACACACGCAAACACACCGCCCCAGGACACAGCCAGUCAUGGCUGGAGCAGCCCUACUUCAGCGCCAACGCCCAGUUCUUCCAGGCGCUGAGCCAGUGCUCCGCGCUGCAGCGCCUCUGCCUGGUGUCGCGCAGCGGGACCCUGCAGCCCGAGGCCGUGCUGGCCUUCAUGGCGCGCUGCCUGCGCGUGGUGGUGUGCCACCUGUUCACCGGCGAGUCCCUCGGCACCUGCCGCAGCCUGCAGCAGGCCCUCCUCCGCAGUUUCCAGGCGGAGCGGCCCGCGCUGAACGUCGUCAUCUUCCCCCUGCUCCACGAGGGCCUGACCGACGUGAUCCGGGACGUGCCCAUGGUGCACCUGGACGAGGUCACCUUAUUUAAAAGCAGAGUGGCCGAGGAGCCCCCCAACCUGUGGUGGUGAUGGGGUGGGCGCCCGCCCGCCUGCCGCCGCCUGCGGCCGCGGACACACAACCUGGACGGGCGCGUGGCCUCCCCCUCAGCCACGGCUGCUGCCCCUGCCCGCCCGCCCAGGCCCGCAUCCCCAGGGGUCCCAGGGGGAAGGAAGCCACCUCCGGGGCUGUCUCGUGCACCCACCCGGCCCCUGGGCGCUUCCUCUCGUGAGGACUCUGGGCUCAGCGCCCCUCGGCUGAGAUGGGGAGGAGGGAGGCGAGGGCGGCUGGCCGGUGACCUGGGGGCCUGGCUGGGGUGCCUCCCGGCUGCGGACCCGCUGGGAGCCAGGUCCCCAGAGCCCCACAUGGCCCCAGUGCCCCGCCCGGGAGUGUCCUUGACUCUGCGCUGCUGGUCGGUGGCCUCCAGGCUCUGGGGAGGGGCGAGGGGAGCUCGGGGGGUGGGAGGCUGCAGUUUGGGCCUCCCUUCUUCCUCUUAACCCAGAAUCCGCUUCCUUUCCAGCCAGACGGCAUCAGGCAGGUUCAGGCCAGCAGCGGGUGGCCAGGCGUCCCUCGCUGCACGCGGUCACAGCCGCUGGCUCUGGAAGCUGCGGGUCCCUGUUUCUGGGGAAAUGUAGGCAGACCUGCUUCGUUAGAAAAACUUGAAAGAUUAAAACCCAGAAAGGAUGUGUGAGGCCAGAGGAGCGAUCCCAUUACCCCGUUUCAGAGAGCUGUAUUUAGCACUUUAAAAAAUGGCACCGCAGCUAUUCCCAAAAUGAGGGGCAGCCUCCCCGAGUCCCAGCCUCACACCCUGGGGUCACCGGGUGCCUCUGCCUUGUCACUGCGAGACUCUCCCCAGAGCCAUCACCCCCAUGGCUGGUGGGCUUCCGGGGGCGCCGGUUGGGUCCCUGCACCCAGAGUCUGGCCCCGACACCCCUGGUGACGUUCCUGGAGAUGUCCCGGCAAGGCUGGGCGGCGUCAGGGGGCCUUCCAGCCGGGGGCCCCUGGGUCUCCGAGAGGCUGCCUCCCCAGGGCCCAGGGCUGGCCUCUGCCCCUCCGGGCUGGGCGUGCAGGCUGCCAGGCCCGCCUCGCCGCUGCUGCCCCCCGUGCCUGCUGUCUGCUCCGUGGCCCCCAGCCUUGCUGGCUUCCUGCUCUGUUGCACAUGCUGGUUGCCACCCCGUUGCGUGUUGCCUGUCCUGUUGUUUGCCUGUUGAAGGGACCUGGACCCUGAGCCCACAUUCGCCUGCCCUUCCCGGGGUCCUCCCGGGGGCAGACAGUUCAGCAGCCCUCCCCCCGCCAGGCCCUGGGGGUCAGGAGGCCUUCGGAUGGCAGGAGCGUGCCUAGGGUCAGGGUCCCGGGCGCACCCAGGCCCCCAGCGCUCCAGUCAUUGCUUCCUAAGCACCAUCUGUCUGGCGGCCUCCUCCUGCCCCGUGGCCCUGGCCCUGCUCUCGCCUUCCUGCAUCGGGCGGCCGGUGUGUUUGCACGUGGAGCUGGGCUCCUCCCCCGCCCCGUGGCUUUCCUGCCGUGGGUGCCAUUGUCUCCUCUGGAGCGUGGGGUGCCCCUCUCCCUCGCCAGCUGCCCCAGGGGAGUGCCCUGCGGUGGGGCCCUCACCCCACGGGCCUGGCCGGCUCCUCUGGUCCCCCGCAGGCUGCCGGCCAGGCUGCCCUGGGCCCCAGAGAGACAGGGCCACACACUGUGGACAAGGGUCUGAGAAGCGGUGGGAUCCUCCCCCCAUGCGUUUCUGGGCAUUUCUGUCGGAUGCACCUAGAGACCACCCGGAGGGCCAUCAGGAAGGUGGUGUGGGGACUGACCGCUUCCCUCACGGCAGGGCUGUGGCCAGUUUCGGCCUGACCAGCCGGGGAACUCAACCCAGGAUGGGGGCAGGAGGCCCCGGGGCCCUGGUUCACGUGUCUUUUCAUACAGAGCAGCUGGGCUCAGGCUAGAGAGUGACCUUCCCACUGGGACCUUCCCAGCAGGUGGCCAUGGUUCUCACGAGCAAGCGCUUUCAACCAGCAGCCUUGUCUAUGUCAGCCAACAGGGCCGGGUGGGGCUGUUCACGGGAGGCUGGGGCGUGAGCUGCCUUGGAAAGCAGCCCCCUAAGAGGGGGCUUGUGUUUUUACUGUCCCCCUGACCACCCUUUACUUAGAGCAAGAAUUUCCCCUACUCCUGCAACUGAGAGAGGACUUGCCAGAUGUCAAUAAUGUGCUUAUUCUCACUAAGUGCUAUUUUGGCACCGUUGUUAAUUGCAAUUUAUAUUCUGCAGCAUUUUUAUGCUGGGAAAAGAACCCACCCUGAUGGUCCCCAAUUGGCGGAUCUGGGCUGUUAAGCGGUGGACCAUAUGCUGCCUGCGGAGAGGGGCCUGGUCAGCACUGGGGCCUGCGCGUGCAUGCGUGUGUGUGUGUGUAUGUACGCGUGCGUGCGUGUGCACGGAGCGUGCGUGUACAUCUGUGUGCCUGCACGUGUGAGUGUGAAUCUGCCGUGUAAGGGUUCUGUUCGUGGUGUGCACACGAGUGUGGGGACACACAUGUCUGCAUGGUGUGUACGUGAGACAGACACCGGGGAGCUGGGAAUGAAGGAGGAGGAGACCCUGACGUUUCUCCCAUUGUUAACAAGAGACCCCAACUGGCCUCCCAAAGCCGCCCCUCCGCCGGCGCCCCGCCCUCAGCCCCGAGGCCCCGCCCCCGGCCCCGAGGCCCCGCCUGCUCCUGGGACUGGGCUCUGCGAAGUUCGUGCUCCCAGGCAGCACGGCCACGGGCCGAAGGUGCUUGCGAUCCUGGAGGCUUGUCGGCUGCCUUUUGAGGACCCGGGAAGACAGGUCCGAGGGUCCCUUCUCCAGGUCUCCAAGGGCGUCUCCACUCGAGUCUGGGGCCGAGGCGCCCUCCUCUGGCGGCUCCUUUGACCCCCGCCGCGCCCCCACCCUGAGGCGGGAUCCGGAGACCCAGGGCGGAAGCUUGGCGGAGACCUGGCCUGGGGAAGAGGGCCCGGGGUGCCCGGGUCUCUGCUGGCCGGAGGGCCACCCAGCGGCCACGACCUCAUUGACCCGGUGGUCUCCCGGAGCACGGCCGGGAUGGUGGCGGGUCCCAGCGCGCACCCCUCCAACCCUCCCAGCCUGGCAGCGGGGGGCCUGCCGGGAUGGGUCCUCCCUCCCGCCCUCCUCUGAGCAGCACCACUCAACCGUCUGCUUCCUCUGGGCCUCCCUGUCGCCUUAAGAUCUGAAAAGCCCUGAGACCUUGGGAAAAGGGAGAUGGGCGGGUGAGGAUACCAGAGUGUGGCCCCUGCUGAGGGAGACGUGGAAGCAGACUCCUGUGGUCCUCGUGGCCUUGGCCUUGGGCCCCCUCCCCGCCGACAGGAGAGGGACGGGGAAGCCCCUCCCCGUGGGGAGGGGCUCAGGGCACAGGAUUCUGACGAGCAGUGUCUCUGGUCCGCGGGGUGUGAUGAGCAAACACCCACAGGAACUCACACAAACCCCAGGUCCCACACAGGCUGACCAGCAUCAUCUGAAUUACUUUCUGAAGUUUUUUUCAAAAAACCCUGAAGUAUGAGGUCUUGCAUUGAUAGCACAGGGUUGGGACACUGGCUGUACCAAUCCAGGCCAGAGCCACCCAGAGGCUGCCCCGCGGUGUCCACCAGCUGAGCGAGGGGGUGGGCAGAGGGGUGUGUGCCGGCGUGUGCUUUUGCCCAUGUGCCGUGGCACGUGACACCCCACGGCCGCCGGUUGCCUCCAGCCACUCUGACUACUGCCCACCUGCCCCUGCCCCUCCGACCAGAGAGUCCCGCUCAGCACGGGCUCAGUCGUGAGGGGGUGGGGUGGGGGGUGCCAGGCUGUCUCGCGGCCAUGUGUGUGUGUGUGACCAGGUGCUAAGUGACCGAAUUCGCGUCACCUGCCUUUCGAUGACAGACCUCCUUGUCCUUUGGCGAAGCUCCUCCUGAAUUUUGUGUUCCAACUUACAUUUCAAAUGGGUAUUUUCAUGUAAAUUUGUGGCAUGUCAGAAGUUUGAAAUAAAGUGGACUUACUUGAUUUAGCAAAACCGGGCAGCUGUGUAGUCCUUCCAGCUGGGGCGCCCCCUGACCUUUUCCCUGCGACCCUGGAGGGUGGGCCAAGGUGGGGGCGCUCCAGUCACCCGCUGCUGUUCGGGUGUUGAGGACAGACUCUCUGCCAGGUUGCUUGGGGGUCCCUGGAGGGAGACAUGAGACCCCCACACGGGGCCCAGU